AUGGAAACGAGAGGCCUGACAGGUUUCUUCACACUCCUGUGUGUGCUAGGAGGUGUUUCCUCCACCCACAAAUCUCACCCGAGCCUCAGGAGGAGUUCAGAGUACAGAAAUCUGUCAGCCACUCACCGUGAAAGGUACCCUCUGUACAUGAUGCAGCUGUACCGCUUCUUCAAGACGGCCGAUGUCUUCUCGUCACAAGGCGUCAACGGCGUCAUGACGGCUCCUCGCUCCGAUUCUGUCUUAAGCCUGAUGGCCGAAGGUUGCCAUCAGGAGGGUGAAAGGUGGACGGUCGAGUUCGACAUGUCGUCGAUCUCCACCAGUGAGCUGAUCCAGCUGGCGGAGCUUCAGAUCAAACUGCCGGCGUUUUCGGCCUCCAAGCGUGCCACGGUGGAUUUAUUCCACCGUCGGAGGCAGAGCUGCGGCCCGGACGAUGCUCCAUGCCGAGAGGAGCGAAUCUUCUUGGGGAGUUUCAGCACGUCACCCCGAGGAACCAAGUCUUCCUGGAAGGUGUUUAACGUCACCGUUCUCUUAAAGUAUUGGCUGUACCAGGGGGGCGACAUGUCCGGCCCAGAGGCCUCAGGGCAGCCUGAGACCGACAUGGGGAGUGGCACUGAGGAGGAAGUACAGACGACUGGAACGUCUUCCAACAGAAAUGUGGGACUGAGGCAAAGAAAAACACACCAUCCAACCAGAAACCGAGUCAUGAUGGUCGUUUUCUCCAAGUACAACGCGCCGCAGGAAGGAAGCGCGGCAUACAGCCUCAUCCACACUGUGGAGAACUCAAAGUACGUGACGGUGAGCAGAAGCAGCUCCGACGGCCAGAGUCGGCGCCGUAAGAGGAACCGAAUGCAGAGGAUGAGAAUCACUGACGGCGCCGCUCCCUCCGAGGCACCGCCGGCAGAGCCGCUGCAGAGGCCGCUGUGCCGGAAGGUGGACAUGUGGGUGGACUUUGACCACAUCGGGUGGGACGAGUGGAUCGUGCACCCGAAGCGUUACAACGCAUACCGCUGUGAGGGGGAGUGCCCGUCGCCGCUGGAUGACUCCUUCCAUCCCACCAACCACGCAUACAUGCAGAGCCUCCUGAGACAUCACCACCCAGAGAGAGUGUCCUGUCCGUCCUGCGUGCCGACGCGCCUCAGCCCGCUCUCCAUGCUGUACUACGAGAGCGAUGACCUGACCCUGCGGCACCACGAGGACAUGAUUGUUGAAGAGUGCGGCUGUCACUGA